AAUAAAUUGUUGAGCGGUUCAGAACCCUGACAGCUUGUACUGGGAGCAGGAGACAGCAUGAGGGCUCAGCUGAACAAGCUGCUUGCAGUUACAGGGAUGCUCCUAUUAAUUUCCAGCGCGACGGUCCAGUUGGUUCCAAUUUCUGACAACCAGAAACCAUUAGUUCAGCGGAUUAAGAGAUCAAUGCUUUGGCGCUGGAUUACUCAGAGACCCAUUGGUGCAACUUGCAGGGUGGACUCUGAAUGCAUCACCAAUUACUGUGAAAUUCAGGAUACGAUUUCACUAUGUUCAUUACAAACAGUCUCGGCCUAACCCAGUGGACACGAGGCUCCAAUCAUCGCUAUUUUAGAAGUAAUCAUGUUUUGGAAACGACUCAUUUUCACUCUCCUAAAAAUGAUCUGUGGAUGCAAAACCACUUCACUUCCCUGACAGUCAAUGAAAUCUCUAGCCACAGAAAAUGAAUACUGGUGUAAUAAAGUUACCUGAGGCCACUACAACUAA